ACAUGCCUUGUGCGGCUGGUGAGCUGUGCCAACUGCCAGACCAGACGCCAGUAGCCCCUCACGGCCACCAAUGUCACGGAGGGUGUGGCGGCAGACUGCACGGACUGUGUGGGGAACAAGACCAAGAUGCGGAGUACGAAACCGCCCGCAUCUGCUUUGCAUGCAUUGCCUCCAAGCAAAAGGGUAGUAAUGCCUCGACAGCUGGCAAGGGCAAGCGCAAAGGGUCAGCCACGGAGAGCGGAGACACGGCAAGACAAAAAAAAACGAAACCAGCCAACCACCCGGACAUGACUGGUUCGCGCACGCGGAUGGACAUCGGCACCAAGAUGGAGAUCCUCCGUCUGCUGGACAAGGGCACGCGGACGCAGAAGUCGAUCGCAGAGCAGUUCAACUGCGGGGAGCGCACGGUGCGUACCGUCAAGGCCGAGCGGGCGAAGAUAGAGAAUCAGGCCGCCAAAACUCGCAGCAGCGCCACCACCAGGAAGAACCUUCGGGCGAUGGAUUUCCCAGAGGAGAGCUCGGACGACGAAGCGAGCGAGGAACCCUCAAUUCAUAUGGCACCUCCGCCGUACGCGGCACUUUCGUCGCACUUCGGGGCUCUGGAGACGGCAGCGGAGGGGAGCGGCAACCGUGACGCCGCUUUCCAUCUACAGAAGGCCAAAAUGGCAAUGAUCGCAGCGCAUGGUUCGAAGGCAGCGAGGCAGACAGACAUGAGGCAAUUUUUGUAGACUCGAUAGGCGCAUGGGGGGAGGCGUCAGUUGAGUGGUUCUCCCGGGUCCGGUGUCGUGUCCGGCUUCGUCCUUGUAUUUUCAACUUUCGUGUGCCGUUGUUAGUGUAUCAGGGGGUAGAGAGGUCGAGCUGUUCGAUUUUUUUGUCGACUUUGUGAUUGACGGAUNUUUGUUCAGUUGGUGCAACAUGUGCAUUUUUCGAUGGUUGUUUUGUUGUGCAGAUCGUUGGACUUUUUGCUGUGGGCGUCCUCUCAUUCUGAUCAGGAUUGGCAGUAUUGUUGUCGACCUUCACGAGGGAGCCACUCGAUGAGAUACUUCGCACGUACCAAGUGAAAUACAUAUUUUUGUGGACGUCAGCUACUACGGCAGCAAGUAAUAUUUGGAAACAUGCUAUAUUAAUCUGUAUAUGUAUGACGUGCAUACUGCGAGCCUUCAGGCACGUUGGGGCCUGCCACCUUCCCGAAAGGCUUGAGUGCAGCAUCAGUAUUCCUCAAUAAGGCCGGUACCGGCCUUAAAUAAGACCCGUUUCCAAUGAGGCCGGGUGACCUCUUUAAGGCCGUUCAUUUCGUCUGUCACAAGGCGGCCUUAAACAGGGACCUCUACUGUACGUGCGAAGUAUCUCAUCGAGUGGCUCCCUCGUGAAGGUCGACAACAAUACUGCCAAUCCUGAUCAGAAUGAGUGGACGCCCACAGCAAAAAGUCCAACGAUCUGCACAACACAACAACCAUCGAAAAAUGCACAUGUUGUUGCACCAACUGACCAACUGGUGCUUAUCCGUCAAACACAAAGAAAGUCGACAAAAAAUCGAACAGCCCGACCUCUCUACCC